GUCUUUGGUGGCUUGGAGCUCCCUCACUCACUAUCAAACUGGAAGCACAAGCACAAGCACAGCAUGAGCAAAUCAAAAAGUUCCCCCCGUUACCGCAUUGAAAUCAAUGCAAUCUAGCCAAGGCCGGCCCUUCUUAUCUCGGCAUUUCUUGGGUCUUGAUUCAGCCCAUCAGCCAGCCCCGUCCUGUUCCCGCCACCUUAUGCAUCUUCCUGGAGCUAUAUCGAUUGCCCAAUUUCGCAAUCUCACCAAGGUGUGUCUGGACCCUGUUUCUGGCUCUUGCUUCAGCUUGCUUCAGCGUUCCAUUUGCCAUUCUCUCUUUUUCUUUCUUGCUCCGUCGUCUGCUAGCUUUUGCUACUACCUACAGCUAGCUACAACUGCGACAGUAGUCCUGCUGCUAGCCCUUCGAUUAGCUGCCAAUUGCGUGCGAUUUUCUAUUGCGACCGCAGCAACCCGCCCGGGAUGUGUGGAGCAGCCCUGCGUUUUCCCCGCGUUCAUGGAGUCUGUGCUUGUGUUCUCGCUGUGUCUUUGUCUUUUGUCUCGCCCGAUGGCUCGCAGCAUUUUGCGGUAACGGAUUCUCUAAUUUGGGGGCCCAUGCAGCAGGCCGCUUCGCUCCUUUGGUUGGCUGCAGCUCUAGUUCAGUUCAUCAGAAACUCUUGGCUCUUCCUGGCAGGAUCCGCCGUCAUCCAGGCGGCUGAUUCCAAGCCUCGAGCUGGGCCAAUGGCUGGCCAGCAAAGACGGGAACCGA